AUGGUCUGUAUUCGUACUGAAAGUGAAGAUCAAGCGAGCUUUUGCCCUUCUGCUCCGCGGGAGGUUUCCGUCCUCCCUGAGCUCGCCUUAGGACACCUGCGUUACGCUUUGACAGGUGUACCGCCCCAGUCAAACUCUCCACCUGCCGCUGUCCCCGGAGCGGGUCACGCCCGGCACACACCGGGCGCUUGGCGCCAGAAGCGAGAGCCCCCCUCGGGGCUCGCCCCCCUGCCUCACCGGGUUUUGACUCAGUACAUGUUUAGGCCAAUUGUCAAGAUCGAAUUUCAAUUGGCAGACGCCGCUACCGCAAACCCCCGAACCGUCGCCGCCGCCGCCGCCGCCGCGACAUCCCCCGCCAACGAGCACCCCCGGCCUCCGCCGCCCGGGGCGCGGCGGCUACGACGGGGAAGGGAGAAGAGGGCGGGGGGCCGAGUGGCGACGGGGAGGACCCCCGUUCCCACGGCGCACGCCCGCACGCGCGCGGCAGCACGGCACGGUACCACCGCGGUACCCACCCGCAGACAGCCGCCCGCGCGGGAGGAGGCCGGGGAAGAGGCCCGCGCCUCUCCCCCCCCCGACACCUCGGCCCUUCCCCACCGCCGCGCCCGGCCCGGCCGGACCGAACCAACGGGCCGCCCGGCCCCGGCGAGACGAGACUCCGCCAAGCGGGCGUUCCGGGAGCGGGGAGCUUCGGAGCGCUCCCCGAGUCUCCACUUAGGGGGACGAAGGCCCUCGGCCGACACCGACGGGCCUGCGAGGCACCCCAGCCGCGCCGCCGCGGACGCCGCCCGCCCGCCCGCCCGCCGAGGCGGGGCGGAGCGGGGAGGGACGGCGCACCGGCCGGCGAUUGAUCAGUUGUCUGCCUUUCGGCACCGCCCCGCGCGCGCGGAGGGGCCGGGACCGCUCCGCAAAAGCGGCCCCCUCUCGGACGACGGACCGCCGCCCCACCCACCGACCGACCGCCCCCCCUCCGCACGCGCGGAGAGGGGCACGCCGACGACCGGCGGGCGACGGUCGCGCCUCGCCUCGGAUGACCGUACCGACACCACAACGGAGGGGAGGAAGGAAGUUGGGAAAAAGGUGGGACGAGCUCCGAACGGCAAGGGCCCAGGGGAGCCCGCGCUCCCGACCGACCUGGGCAAACACGGAACAAGCACCUUGCUCGCUUCGGAGGCGGCCCAGGCGCCCGGGCUCGGCCCGGCCUCCGCACGGAGGGCCGGCGGCGCGUCCGACCGCGCGCCCAACCUGCACCCGCCUCUCGCUCGCCGUGAGGGGAAAAACACAGACGCUGACCGCCGCGCGGGCGACCAGCGGGGGCGCCCCCGCUCGCGCCGCGCGCUCCUCCGCGCCGCCCAGCGCCGCGCGCUGCGACAGCCGGCUCCUUUCCCCCCGUGGCCCCGAAACCCCGGCUUCUCGCCCCGACGCCGGGAACGCCCGCGCGGCGCCGCCGCCGCGCCAACACCGGAGAGAGGGACGGACGGCCAACCUCCGGAACCCGAGACGGCGACGCGACGCCGCCGCCGCCGCCCGGCGCUCCGCCCGACCGCCGCCCGGCCGCCGCACCGCAGCGGCUGCCCUCCCGGAGCCGCCGCCGCCGCUUCUCGUCUCGGCCCCUUCCGCAGACACGCGCCAGGCAGAAGGCGGACGCCGCUGAGCCGGGGGCGACGCCCACUCUCCCCGCUUCCGCGCGGAGAACGGGACGGGGAACGCCCCUCGGCCGCCCACCCGCCUCGCCUGACCGAGACCGGGAAAGGCGACUGCGAAGCGACGGGCAGGGCCCGGGACGGGACGGCCACGCGGCCGGCCACCGAGCAGCCGCCGGCCGACAACGCCGAGCGGCGGCGCCGCCGCCGCCGCUCGGGAGCGCGAAGCCGCAGCGCGCCCCACUGCGCGUGCACGGAGACGCGGCGGCCCGAGGGGGCCACCCGCCCGGCGAGACCCCGACCGCGGGAAAUCGCCAUCGCCCCCCGACGGCGAGAGAGCCCGCGCUCCCCGCCGGGGGGGGGGUUUCCCCUUCGCCUCUUCGAGGGCGAGGCAGGCCGGCUGCGGCCGACCAAACGCCGCCGGUCUCGCCGCCGAGACCGGACCGCGGAGAAGGGGGGGCAGGGGGGACACCCCUCCCCGGCGCGGCCGCCCGAGGGGACAAGCCCACAGCGUGCGUGGGCGGCGGCCGCCGUGUCCAGGGCCUGCACGAGAGCGACUCCCGCCCCUGGAGGCUCAACCGCCGCACACGGCCGGGGCCCGCCCCCCGCGGGUCGCACCGAGCCGCCCGAGUCUUUAAACCUCCGCCCGGCUCCGCGGCCUUCGACCCCCGGGCUCAGCCGAGGGAGGGCCGCGGAGGCGCGGACGCUAGGUACCUGGCCCUGGGGUGAGGGAAACGUCCUCAAGGGCCCCGCGGGGGUGCCUCCCCCGCUGCCGCCAUCGGGGGAGCGUCCGCCCGCGGGGGCGCGCCCGACAUCCACCGCCACCACCACGUCCCUCCUGGCCCGGGGCCCGAGGUUUCCCUCAGUAGCCCGGCGCUGCGCCCGGGAGGAGAGCCGUGGCUCGGGCCGCCCGCUGGCGCGCGGGACACGGCCCGGCGCGGAAACCUCGCCCGCCCGCGGGCCGGCCGGCCCCGGCGGGCUUGCUCCGCAGCAAGCCCGCCACGGUGCGGGCAGGGAGGAUCGGGGGAGACGCCUCCCCCGACCCAGGCGAGGCCUGCUCUGCCCGCCGCCCCUCUCUCGCCGGGCUGGCGCCGGCCGCGCCCAGCCCGCCACCGCCACUGCUCGCGCCGAUAGCCCCCUCUCCCUCUCCUGCGCGCGCCCGAGCGCCGGGGGCUUUUCCGCUCGGCCGGCCGGGGUUCGCGCCUCCGCGCACCCCUCACACGCCAGCGACCACCCCCUCUUCCCCCUACGCGCCGCCGCUCGCGCUCGGACCGGCGGUGCCCUGGCGCUCCGGGACGGCCCUCAGCCGCCACACCCCCCACGCACCUCCCCGGUGGCGGCAGCGGACUGCCGUCGGGCAAGGCCGUGGCGGAGAGGGGGUUCGGGUGCCCGGAGCCGGACGCCCGCCAGCGGCGGAGCCCAGCCGAGGCGAGAAGCAGGGGGCGGCACGGCGUGGGGGGGAGCGCUUGGCGGCCCCCGCACCGACCGUGCAAAGAAGCGCAGCGCGCGCGCGCGCGCAUCAGGAGACGAGCGACGGAGGCGACGGCGGCGGCCCAGGCGGGCCGGCAGCCGGCGAGAGAGACGACGACAGCGAGCGCCUCCGGGAGGGGCCCCGUGCCGCGGGAACGCCCUCCCCUCCCCGCACGCACCACGCGGCUCGCGCUGGAGCCGGGCACGGGCGAACACGGGCACGGGCGCGGGAAACCGCGCGCCGGCGUUCGGCGGCGCCGGCCGCGGCGGCGAGGCCCGAGCCGGCCGUCCCCCUCCGCAGGGGCGGCCCGGCGGCGGAUCGGCGCCGGGCCCCAGCGGCGGAUCGGCGGCAAGCACGCGCGGCAGCGGCGUCGGCGCGGGCCGGGAGAACCGCUCCCCCCCCUCUCCUCCCUUCGCGCCCCUUUCCCGGGGCCUCCGGCAGGAGGGGGGGAGGGUGGAACGCGGCACCCGCGCCGACGAGCCCCGACAACCAGCGCGCGCCACCGCCGCCGCCGCCGCGGGACCCGCCGCGCGCCUUGACGGGGACCCCGCGCGGGGCCCCCGCUUCUCGCGGCGCGCGGGGGCACGCGUGCCCCGAAGGGCAGCGGCCCAUAGCGGAAACGGUAGCGGAAAGGAAGCCCGCGCCGCGCCCGGGGCCCCCCGCGGGGCCCCCUCGGCGCGCGGCGCCCAGGGCGGGUGGGUGUGA